CCCGCCUGUCAAAAAGAGACACCCCCUCGCCGCCUCACCAAGAAAUAAUCAAAACCGGGAGAGAAAAUGACUGAAUGCCACAAGAUCAGCAAUUCAUCUGAGACGCAGGACAUCCUGAAAGAUUCUGGAACUGGUCAAGAAGAUCUGGCAGCCUCUGUCUGGACCAUAUCUGCCAAUGGGUUGGUCAACUUGAGGACAGAUCCAAGCUGCUCCCAGACUCCAGUAACAGUUCAUGAAAUGUUCCUAGACUCUGUCGAGAAAUAUGGAUCUCUCAAUGCGAUGGCCAGCAGGAAGAACGGGAAAUGGGAAAAGAUCACCUUUCUGGAAUAUUACAAUCUCUCUCGGAAAGCAGCCAAAAGCUUCCUCAAGCUUGGCCUUGAACGAUUCCACGGUGUAGCGAUAGUCGGGUUCAAUUCUGCAGAGUGGUUCAUUUUGGCAGUGGGAGCUGUUUUUGCAGGUGGAAUAGUGACAGGAAUCUACACAACCAGUUCUCCAGAGGCCUGCCACUAUAUCGCUCACGACUGCCAAGCAAAUAUCAUUGUGGUAGAAAACCAGAAGCAACUGGAUAAAAUAACGCAGAUCUGGCAUCGUCUGCCACACUUGAAAGCAGUUGUGAUGUACAAGGAUUCUGUGCUGGAGAAACGUCCCAAUUUAUACAUGAUGGACGAAUUCAUGCAACUGGGCAACGAAGUUCUAGACGAAGAUCUUGAUGCAAUUAUUAGCUCCCAAAAGCCGAAUCAGUGCUGCGUAUUGAUCUAUACUUCUGGAACAACCGGGAAGCCCAAAGGAGCUAUGCUGAGUCAUGAUAAUAUAACGUGGACGUCUGCCCAUGCCAGCCGAGCAGGCGACAUGCAGCCCGCCGAAAUCCAGCAGGAGACAAUAGUCAGCUAUCUUCCGCUCAGCCAUAUAGCGGCCCAAAUAUACGACCUCUGGACGGGAAUCAAGUGGGGCGAGCAAGUCUACUUUGCAGAGCCAGAUGCCUUGAAGGGAGGCUUAGUUGAUAUCCUAAAGGAAGCGCUGCCUACAUCUCAUAUGGGAGUUCCCAGGGUGUGGGAGAAAAUCAUGGAGAAAAUCAAAGAAGUCUCUUCGCAGUCAGGAUUUCUGAAGAAGAAAAUGCUCUCCUGGGCCAUGUCGGUCAGUUUGGAAAGAAAUCUGAGCAACUCAAAUAGUGACUUAAAGCCCUUCCGGAUGAGAUUAGCAGACUCCUUGGUACUUGCCAAGAUCCGCCAGGCUUUGGGAUUUUCUCAGUGCCAGAAACAUUUCUCCGGAGCUGCUCCUCUCCCCACCGAAGUGAUGAAGUUCUUCCUGGGUUUGAACAUCCCCUUGUACGAAGCAUACGGGAUGAGCGAAACCACCGGUCCCCAUUGCAUGUCUGGGCCGUAUGUUUACCGACGUCACAGCUGCGGCAAAGCAGUUCCGGGCUGCAAAGUAAAACUGAUGAACGAGGAUGCUGAAGGCAAUGGGGAGAUCUGCUUUUGGGGGCGGACGGUCUUUAUGGGAUAUUUGAACAUGGAGGAUAAAACCAAGGAAGCCAUCGAUGAAGAUGGCUGGCUGCAUUCUGGAGACCUUGGAAAGCUCGACAAGGACGGCUUUCUUUAUGUCACCGGAAGGAUCAAAGAGAUCCUCAUUACAGCCGGAGGGGAAAAUGUGCCUCCGGUGCCUAUCGAAGAUGCUGUGAAAAAAGAACUGCCUCUUCUGAGCAACACCAUGCUGAUUGGAGACCGGAAGAAGUUCUUGUCCAUGUUACUGACUUUAAAGUGCGUCGUCGAUCCUGAUACCUCUGAACCCACAGACUGCCUGACUCAAGAAGCACGCAAUUUCUGUGAGAAAGUCGGCAGCAAAGCCACCAAAGUGUCCGAGAUUGCGAGGGAGCGAGAUGCGGCCGUAUACCAGGCCAUCCAAGAAGGCAUAGAUCGUGUGAACGCCCGUGCCGUUGCCAAUGUCCAACGCAUUCAGAAAUGGGCCGUCCUAGAAAAGGAUUUUUCCAUUGUUGGUGGAGAAUUUGGGCCAACAAUGAAAUUAAGACGGCAAGCCGUGACUGAGAAGUAUAAAGAUGAAAUCGAGGCCUUUUAUAAAGAUUAAAGCCGGGCCCGUCUCUACGAGCUUCCCUAGAACAUAAAACCAAUUCAGCGACACAAGCUUACGUCAAGCAUCUCUGCAGUGUUGGAAAUGGGAGGAUUUCCCUCGCUUUCUUUUGUUGUAAUUCCAGAAUUUUGCUAUAUGUGGCAUUUUUCAAACCUCCUUAAUCUGGUUUAGCCAGUGUGCCGUAGUGGUUAGAAUUCAGGCUAGUACUGCAGAGACUCUGAUCCAAACCCCCACUUUGCCACCAAGCUCAGCAAGUGACCUUGGGCCAGACAUAGGCUGAUUCUGCACACGUUGGAUAAUGCACUUCCAAUCCUCUUUACAGAUCAUUUGGAAUGGAUUUUU